AUGGAUGACCCUGCGGAGGGGGCGGCUAAACUCAGCUCCCGUGAUGCGCGGGCGGAGCUGCAGAACGCCUGUGCGGAGCUGCGAAGUGACCUUAGCAGGUUGCUCGAUGAGAAGGUGUCUGACUUCGAGAUGCUCCUUGAAGAGUUGAACUUGCCCUCUGAGCUUCCGGCGGCCAUUCCGCUCAGCCCUGCGACGCCGCCCAAGCGGGACAUGACGAAGGAGCUGAUGGAUCCAGGGCCCCAGGUGGAGAAGUCCGUCUGGACUCAGCCCGGGGAGAAUCCCUCCGCUACUACGCCGGCAUCGCGAGCCUCGAAGUUCAUGAGAACGUCGGAGCACGAGCUUUUCGUGACGAAGAAGGCGGCAACGGCGUCCCAGCGAAACUUCCGGCUGGAACAGUCCUAUCAGCACUACGUGCAGAAGGGUUCUUUCCUGGGUAUCCUCGUGGAUUCAGUUGGUUGCAGACCCUGCAUGGAAGCGGUGCUCGGAAGGGUCGAUCGGCUCCGGGCGCUGCAGGAGCCUGCCCGCAGCGGAUGCUGCACCGAGCUGGUGCAGUCGGCAGCCUUCCAGUUCGUCAUCACUGCUGUCAUCCUGGCCAACUGCGUGACGCUGCUCAUCUCGGCGAAUUGGGCGAUGCAGAACCAGACGUUCGACAUUCCAGAGGAGCUGCGCAUGUUGGACCUGGCCUUCACCAUUUUCUAUGUCUUGGAGCUGCUCCUGAGGUUCUACGUUCACCGGCUCUUCUUUUUCUGGCGCGAAGAUUGGAAGUGGAAUGUCUUUGACUUCGUUCUUGUCGUCAUGGCAGUGCAGGAGCAGGUCGUGGAGUUCCUCGUUCAAGCCGAGACAGCAUCGGGGGCGGUGACCCGGCUCACUUACAUGCGCUCUCUGCGCGUGGUGCGAGUGUCGCGCAUCCUUCGCUUGCUGAGGGCCAUCCGCGUGAUCCGGGAACUUCGCAUGAUGGUCUUCUCCAUCAUCAGCUCCUUUACGGCUCUCUUCUGGUGCUUGGUGCUAAUCACCUUGGUCAUCUGCAUGUUCGCCUUAUUCUUCCUUCAGCUGUGCACCGACUAUCUCGUCGUGGAACACGACGUGAUAGACGAUGCCACCAAGACCGAUUUUCUCGAAACAUUUGGGUCCCUGGACAAGACGAUGAAGACACUGUACCUGGCCACCACUGGUGGCUUCGAUUGGGAGCGCUCCCUUCACCUGCUGGAGCUCACAGGCUCGGUGGGAUCCUGGGCUUGGCUCUUUUACAUUGCGUUCUUCAAUUUUGCGCUGUUUAACGUGCUCACGGGCAUGUUCGUGGAUCAUGCCAUGAAGUGGUCUCAAAGUGACAACCAGAACCUCAUCACCGAGCAUCGGAGCCAAGAGCUUCAGGACGCCUCGCGACUGCAACGCUUGUGCGAAGCGAUUGAUACAGAGACCACAGGUCGAAUAUCCUGGGAAGAUUUUGAAGCCUUCGUAUCAGAUGAGUCGGCCCUGAUCUACUUGGCUUCGCUUGGGCUUGAGAUACACGAUGCCAAGACUUUCUUCGACAUGCUCGCGGGCGUUGCAUCCGACAAGUACAUCGAUAUCGACACGUUUGUGAAAGGCUGCAUGCGCAUGAAGGGCCCAGCCACGAGUAUCGAUAUGCUGUCGAUGGCCUACGAGGUGACGCUCAUGCACCGGCAGAAUAACCGGAUCGAGCGAACCCUUGCAGAGGUCCAGAUGUUCCACCGCAAGGCGAGCCCCGGGAAUGCUUAG